GGAUUUAAAGCUUCAUACUUCGCUCUCUCUGAAACCCUAGUUCAUUCGUAAAGCAUCUAUCAGCUCUUUGUUAUAUCUUCAUCUUCGAAGAAUUCUUGUUUAUUAGGGGAAUCUGUUGUUCAAAUGCGUUGAGCGAAGAACGGGAAAGGAUGUAACUUUGAAUCUUUGAAAUGAUUGGUUCCAGAUUUGCAAGGAUGAAUUGGUUCGACUCGAAGACAAUAAGGGUUCCGAGAAGGGUGUGGUUAGGGAUUCAAAAAUCAAUGGGGCUCCUCGUGGGUGGAAAUCACACCUCCUCCAGGUUUUGCGCUCGCUAAUUCUUUUCCUUCUCACAGUUUGGCUUAAAUCUCUCUGUUGAAAUAGUUUCAAUUACUCUAUAGACCUUGCAAUCUUCCUAUUCGUGAAUUUGGAGGCCUUGAAAAUGCAUGUCUUUAGUGAGUCUAUAGCGAGGCGUGUGUUCUUACGCGCUUUCAUGCUUGCCUCGGUUAUGUCCAUUGUGCCUCUGGUGCACAUAUUCUCUGGGUCAAAUUUGGGACUGUUCGAUCCAUUGAUCACUCGUGACUGUGCCUUUGAUUUUGGUACGAAUUGGCUUAGGAAUCGAUUGUCGAUACCGAUUCGGGGCUCAUCUGGGUCAGUGCGCUACAUGAAAAAUGCUAAUUUGACCGUUAAUGUGGUCAGAGAGCUAAUGAGAAUGCAAAUGUUGUUGAAUUAUAGUGCGAAAGCUCUCUGUCUCGGAGAAGGAUCAGAAUCCGCAGUUAUGGCAUUUCGGGAUUUGGGAUUCUCUCAUGCUUGUGGGGUUAAUAAGAGCCCCUUCUUCCUGCUUAAGCAUAAGAACUUUGUAUAUGAGCUUGAUGUCGAGCAAAAUUCUUAUGACUUUGUAUUGUUCAAUGACAUGGGCAAGGUUCUGGUUCCUGCAAUACUGGUUCGUGAGAUUGAGCGUGUUCUUAAGCCCGGAGGAAUUGGUGCUGUGCUUGUGGGGGGCAGUGGGUUAAACCCGAAUAGCUUGAUUAGUGCCGCUACCCCAGUUUCAUCAUUAUUGAGAGAUUCCAGUAUUGUGCAUGUUGGUUAUGUAGAUGAGUUGAUUCUGGUUGUGUUCAAGAAGAAAAUUGAAAUUGUUGGUUAUUUUGAGCAAUUUGAACUGCCAGCUGAUUGCCAAUCUAUUAUGAAUAGCAAACCUCUCAUGGACCACUUAGAGCCUCUUGUAGAUGCAAAGCCAGUGGAAUUUGAAAAAAGAAUUGCCUACAUGCCAAAGUUCAUGGAUAUUUCCUAUAAGAAGCGGUUGGUCUAUAUCAACAUUGGAGCAGGGGAGCACCUAAAGUAUGGUGAUGAAAAUUGGUUUUUUCCAUCAUAUCCUGUCCAUCUCAAAGCUUUCAAUUCAUAUUUUGUGGAUCAUAAUACCUCAGUUAUGUUGUCUUAUGUCAAAAGGCCCGGCGUUACAUUUGUUUACUAUCCAGAUCUUGCUGGAAAUAAGGCCACAGCAAAGCCAGAUGCUGUUGAAGAAUUAAAUCCGUAUGUGGAAGAUGGCAGUUUUGAUUUUCUUGCUUGGUUCAAGGAAACAGCGCAGUACGCUGAUUUCAUGGUACUAAAAAUGAAUGCAGGUAAGGUGGAACUCAAAUUUCUAGCUGACCUGUUUAGAAGUGGUGCCAUAUGUUUGGUCGACGAGCUGUUCCUUAGUUGCUCAGAUCAAGUGUAUGGGAAGGGUGCUGUGAAGGGACAAUGCUUGGACCUCUUUAAGGGUCUCAGAAACAUAUCUGUAUUUGUCCAUCAAUGGUGGGGAGACUGAACAGGGACUGCUGUUCAGGGAAUUUUACUUUGAUGUUAUGUCAUUUGAACGUUCUUGCUUGUGUUAUGUAUGUUGUUGUUGAAGUUUCUCCGGUAGGAUGUGUUGAAGACAUCCAGUGCUUUAUAUGGUUGGGCGCUUAGCUAAAUAAGCAACCAUUUGCUUUGUGUUUUGUGUUUCGUUGAAUGAUAAAAAAUUGUCGUGUGUUUGUCUUGUUUAA